AUGUAUACUGCAAUUAGGCUACCAAGAAACUUCAUCGGAAAUAUGGCCUAUCCCAAACCUGGCCCAGCCGCGGGCCCGGAGCCCUCCCCCUCCGCUGAGCCGGCCCGAGGCGAGGGCGCAUUUGGUGAGAGUCUGGCGGCCUCUACCGGAGCGCCUCUGCAGAGGAACGUUCCCCAAAGCCGGAGACGACAUGUGGCGCUCGGGCGAGCACCUUGCAGAACAAGGAGUAGCUUGCUGACUUUGAACGCGUGGCAAAUAUUUCAGAAAGCUUCAAGAUCAAGGUUGAGAAAGGAACAGUUAUUCUUCCAAAUUCAUCUGCUUCAGCUAUUAUUCUUAUUGGGAAUGGACAAUGGAAUGUUCUCUAGCUUUAUCAUGAUCAAAAACCUCCUUCUGUUUUGUAUUUCCAUGAACUUAGCCAGUCACUUUGGCUUUUCACAAAUGCCAGCCAGUUCUGUAAAAGAUGAAACCAAUGACAACAUCACAAUAUUCACCAGGAUCUUGGAUGGGCUCCUGGAUGGCUACGACAACAGACUGAGGCCUGGGCUCGGAGAGCGUAUCACUCAGGUGAGAACGGACAUCUACGUCACCAGCUUCGGCCCGGUGUCUGACACGGAAAUGGAAUACACCAUAGAUGUGUUUUUCCGACAAAGCUGGAAAGACGAAAGGCUUCGGUUUAAAGGGCCCAUGCAGCGCCUGCCUCUCAACAACCUCCUUGCCAGCAAAAUCUGGACUCCAGACACCUUCUUCCACAAUGGGAAGAAGUCCAUUGCCCACAACAUGACCACGCCCAACAAGCUGCUGCGGCUGGAGGAUGAUGGCACUCUGCUCUACACCAUGCGCUUGACCAUCUCAGCAGAGUGCCCAAUGCAACUUGAAGACUUCCCGAUGGAUGCUCAUGCCUGCCCUCUGAAAUUUGGCAGCUAUGCAUAUCCUAAUUCUGAAGUUGUCUAUGUCUGGACCAAUGGCACAACCAAGUCGGUUGUGGUGGCAGAAGAUGGCUCCAGGCUGAACCAAUACCACCUGAUGGGGCAGACAGUGGGCACAGAGAACAUCAGCACCAGCACAGGUGAAUACACAAUCAUGACGGCUCAUUUCCAUCUGAAGAGGAAGAUCGGGUACUUUGUCAUCCAGACCUAUCUCCCCUGCAUAAUGACUGUGAUCUUGUCGCAAGUGUCCUUUUGGCUGAACCGAGAAUCAGUUCCAGCCAGGACAGUGUUUGGGGUGACCACGGUGCUGACUAUGACGACCCUCAGCAUCAGUGCCCGGAACUCUCUGCCCAAAGUGGCUUAUGCGACGGCCAUGGACUGGUUCAUAGCCGUGUGCUACGCUUUUGUGUUCUCUGCGCUGAUCGAGUUUGCCACCGUCAACUAUUUCACAAAGAGAGGCUGGGCCUGGGAUGGCAAAAAAGCCUUGGAAGCAGCCAAGAUCAAGAAAAAGGAGCGUGAACUUACACUAAAUAAAUCAACAAAUGCUUAUACUACUGGGAAGAUGACCCACCCCCCAAACAUCCCAAAGGAGCAGACCCCUUCAGGGACCUCAAAUGCCUCUUCAGCCUCAGUAAAACCUGAAGACAAGACUUCUGAAAACAAAAAGACUUACAACAGCAUCAGCAAGAUAGACAAAAUGUCCCGAAUUAUAUUCCCAGUCCUGUUUGGCACUUUCAACCUAGUUUACUGGGCAACAUAUUUGAAUAGGGAGCCAGUGAUUAAAGGGGCUACCUCUCCAAAAUGA